UUACAUUAUACAGAUAUCAUGUCAAAAGUCACUGUAAUUUAAGUGUUUGGGUGUAGCUUUGUGUUGAAUUGCCUCACCCAUCAUCAUCAUCAUCACUAGUGUGAGAUCAUCCAGACAAACAAGAAAUCCCUUCAUUUCCCAUAUCACGGAGGAAUGCUUGACAUUAAAACGGUUCAGGGAAUCCUAUCUGGUCAGGGAGGGUUUCCGUUUUUCCAGGCCCUGCAGGAAUAGCACAUUUGUGUGCAUAAAGCAGGAAAAAUGAGUACAGGGAAGCCGAGUGGUCUCAAACCACCCACUAAGAUUGGUAAACCGGCUGCGGCGCCAACCAAAACCUCGCCCACCUCAGCUGGUGCCAAGGCUGUAACAUCUCCGACCUCCAAUACCGGCCAAGAUGCGCCGUCAGAUUUCGCUGUUGGCGAACGUGUUUGGGUCAACGGAAAUAAACCGGGUUAUGUGCAGUUCAUCGGAGGGACCCAGUUUGCACCAGGCCAGUGGGCAGGAAUAGUUCUCGACGAGCCCAUCGGGAAGAACGAUGGCUCUGUGACUGGAGUGCGCUACUUCCAGUGCGAGGACUUGCGAGGCAUAUUUACUCGGCCCUCCAAACUGUCUCGUACUCCCGUGGCAGAGCGUGAGGCCAAUGGCACGCAGACUCCCACCAACAAGACGUCCGCCUCCCCUGCCAAAGAUCCCGCUCCUGUCACUCAGACCACAAGUGCAACCACCAAGACCUCAACAAACCUAACCAGGGCCGCCAGCGAGUCUGCAUCCAAUCUGUCUGAGACGGAUUCGGCCAAGAAGUUGCAGCGGGAACUGAAGUUGGGUGAUCGUGUACUGGUUGGAGGAACCAAGGCAGGUGUUGUGCGUUUCCUAGGCGAAACUGACUUCGCGAAAGGUGAUUGGUGUGGCGUCGAGCUGGACGAGCCUCUUGGCAAGAAUGAUGGGGCAGUGGCUGGUGCAAGGUAUUUUCAGUGCCUCCCAAAGUAUGGACUAUUCGCUCCUACACACAAAGUCACACGCAUCGGAUUCCCGUCCACCACUCCUGCCAAAUCCAAAACCUCCAGGCGCAGGUCGACCCUAAAGAACAGCCCCAGCGCAUCCUCCGUCAGCUCCCUCAGCUCUGUCACCUCCUCAGUAGGAGGCAAACCCAGCCGAGCAGGCCUGCUCACAGAGACGUCUGCACGGUACGCACGGAAGAUCUCAGGCACCACAGCCCUGCAGGAGGCCCUGAAGGAGAAGCAGCAGCACAUCGAGCAGCUCCUGGCUGAACGGGACCUGGAGAGGACGGAAGUGGCUCGAGCCACAAGCCAUGCCGGGGAGGUGCAGCAAGAGCUGGCGCUGCUCAGACAGGGUCAGGAACAGUACUCCCUCGAGAUGGAAACCAAGUUGGACCAGUUGCGGAGACUUGUGGAGACUGCAGACAGAGAUAAAGUAGAGUUGAUGAAUCAACUGGAAGAGGAAAAAAGAAAAGUGGAGGACCUGCAGUUUCGUGUAGAGGAAGCUUGCAUUACCAAAGGUGACCUAGAGACGCAGACCAAACUGGAGCAUGCCCACAUAAAGGAGCUCGAACAGAGUCUUCUCUUUGAAAAGACCAAAGCAGAUAAACUCCAGAGGGAGUUAGAGGAUACUAGGGUCGCCACAGUGUCCGAGCGCUCCAGGAUCAUGGAGCUGGAAAAGGAGGUGUCCGACCUGCAGCUUCAGCUGAGAACUCUCCGGGCCGAGACCGCCGGAUCAGCCUCUCCUCCAUUACAAGACAAAAAGAUCAAGGAGUUGAACUUUGAGUUAGAGAACAGACAGAAGGAGGUGCUUCUAUUCCAGCAGAAACUCGCCUCCUCUGAACAGGAGAAAACAUCCCUCCAGCAGCAGCUGCAAGAUCUGACAAAGAAGCUUGACACAGCAGCAGAGGACAAUAAUAAAGCAACACAAGCAAUGCAAGAAUUGGAAAGGAACAUGAAAACGGAGAAAGAGAAGCUGGAUCAGAUGUCCAGGGAGAAGGAGGACCUGCAGAGGGAUGUAGCCACCUGGAAGCAGCAGGAACAGGUGAAGGGCGAAGAGAGAGAGCUUCAGAUGAAGGAGCUGAAGGAGAAGUUGGGCCAAACAGAAGGAGAGUUGAGCAGAAUCACAGAGAGGAGCGUUGAGCUGGAACGGCAGGUGGCGGAACUGAAAGCCUGCAAAAACCAAACCAAGUCUGAUGAAAAGCUGGAGCAGAUGAUGCACGAGAAUAAGGAGCUGCAGGUGGAGCUUGAGGCCCUGAAGCAGCAGAACUCUCAGUAUCAGGAGCAGUUGAGUUCAGAAACGCAGCGCAUCGGGAGCCUCCGCAAAGAAAUUGAGGAGCUAAAACUGUCAGCCAAUCAGAAGUCUCAGAGGCAGGUGUCGCUCCAGGACGAGAAAGGGAUGUUGGCUCAGGAGUUGGACGUCUACUCGCAGCAGAAGCUUGAUGACGAAGCUCUGACUAGCCAGCUGGAGAUUACAGAGAGGGAGAAUUCCAAUGCAUUGAUGUCCGAUAAAGACAAAGAGCUAGAGACACUACGAAAUGAGAUUGCAGUGCUGCGUGGGGAAAAUGCCAUGGCCAAGACGCUCCAGUCGGCUGUGACGUCUCUGGAGAGGGACAAAGCCCAGCUGCAGAGCCGAGUGAACAGCUUGGAGCAAAAGCUGGAGGGCCGGCAUGCAGGGAACGGAGAGGAAGUCACCUCAGCGGGGGAUGCUGCUUUGGACCAACUGAGAGAAGAGAAAGAGUUUGCUGAGGGACAGAUCAACUUCCUGAACUCGGUGAUUGUGGACCUCCAGAGGAAGAAUGAAGAACUAAAGGUGAAGCUGAAGAAAAUGGCGUUGACCGAGUUCAACGGAAAUGAUGACAAUGACGGUCUCGGUGAGGUCAAAAAGAAGAAGAAAGCCCCACCGCGAGUUUUCUGCGACAUCUGCGACUGCUUCGACCUGCACGACACGGAGGACUGUCCCACGCAAACACAAUCCCCAGACUCGCCUCCGCACACCACCUACCACGGCACCCGCAGCGGCGAACGACCGUACUGCGACAUCUGCGAGGCGUUCGGUCACUGGACAGAUUCUUGCAACGAUGACCAAACCUUCUGAACUCCCCCUCAACCCCUCCGCCUGUGAGCAGGCUAUGCACAGAUCGCUUUCAACCAGAUUAUUCGCUAUUUUUCUACACAGCGUAUAUACAUUUGAACCUCUUGUACAUUCCCUUGAACGUAUCCGCCCGUAUGAAGGCUAAGGUAUGCUGCAUUGAUGGAAUUCGACUUAUGAAGAUGAGAAAUAUUUCAAUGUGUUAUUAUUAAUACCGUUUUAUGUGUUUCGUAAGUUUUUCAUUGUCCUGUGUGGAUUAAUCUAUUGACGAAUUACCAGCAAGAAAAUUUGGAACGGUUUAGCGAAACUUUGCCGUGUAUUUAAAGCUGCUGUGUGAAAUUUAUACACCACUAGAGGCACAAAAUCGCAAAAAUAAUGACUGUUUACAAACAGGUUUCAAAAACACACCCCUUCUUUCAGUGUAUCUCUGCUCCAAACUCGCACCAUUGGUUGAGUCAGAAGUUGACAUUUCGGACCACUCAAACAAACAAAGCGAUGUUUUGAAAGAGCCUUCGGAAUGGUAUACUAGCACACUGCAUACUGCAAACAAGAGUUGUCAAAAGUACCGAGUCGGUACUGAAAUUUUAAAAAUGUAAUGCUUUGAGUGCUGUUGAGCAGAUUCGUAAACACCUCUGAUUGGCCAUUGUGUUCACGCACACAUCAGAUAUGUCUGUUGUUGGCUACAAUGAUCAACACUACAAAAACAUGUCGUAAAUAGACAUCAACGACGCUCUUCACGGAGAACUCACACAGAUAAACACGGGAGCACACGCUUUCAAAUUCAAACACUUUGCAUGCUUUCAAAUGCUCCCGUACGUUGAUCAUUGUAGCCAAUAACAGACAUAUAUGUUGAGCGUGUGAACACAAUGGCCAAUCAGAGGUUUACGAAUCCACUCAACAGCACUCAAAGCAUCAUGUUUUUAAAAUUUCAGUUUCAAGUGAGUACUUUUGACAACACUACUAAAAACUGCUCAGUACUAUACUCUGAAUACUGCCCACUAUUUUAUGUAUGAGAAACUGUACACAUUAUGCAACAAUAAAUAAUAAGGCAAGAAAAUUUAAUGCAUUAUGGGAUAUAUACUGCACAUUUACACCUGGGAAUUCUAAGCAUACAGAAAUGAUACAUACUAUGCACAGCAUAAAUACUAUACAGAAACAUUACUAGUAGUAUGCUAUUCCGAACAUAGCCAACGUUUGGUAACUCACACUACGAAUGGUUUACUAGCAGUUUAUCUGCACAUUAAACCAGGAUAGACGAUUUUAAUGAAUAAAAAAUACACACUUCAGCUUAAAGAACUCAUAACGGACUGUUAUCACAGACACAAAACCGUAUGACCAGUGCACCAAACUAAGCUGAAGCUAACCACUAUUAACUUAUUGCACUUCUCACUUUAAAUGUAUACAGCACAUGAGUUUAACUGCCAUUCUUUGAAACUAAGUUAUUCUUUUUACUGUUAAAUAUCAGGCAUAUAGUCAUGAUAUUGUCAUAUGAAUGGCUUUUUAUGUGUAUUUUUGAUGUUAUGUCCUGUAGAUUUCUGGCCUAUUCACACCAAGUCGGCAAGAUUUUAAGAUUAACCUUUUAGUUUUGUAUAUACGGACACAAGAUUGAUUUAUUAAAUUGAUCAAAUGCCGUUUAUUCAGGUAUCCAAACUUUUCAGACAAAACAGUUUUGGUGCAAAAAAAAUGGUUUGCAAAUAUUUUAUACUUUCAUGUAUUUUAGUCACUUUAAACUUGGUGUGAACAGACCCUUUACAAGCACAACUUUUAAGCACAAAAACAUAUUGUAUCUCUUGUUAUUGAUGUAAUAUUAACAACAAAGUUUAUUUAGCAACCUAAUAAACUGCAAGUGUUAGAAUCGGUAACCUGCAAUGAACUGGUGCACAAGAUUAUAUUAAAUAUGUAUAAUAAUCAUAAUUAUUCCCCAUUUGUUUAAAUGAAUUUGAUCAGAAAAUGUUGCUUUAAGUGCAAAUAUAUGGUCUCUUUCUACUGAAAUAUUGUGACAGUCUUUAACUAUUGUACUGUUUAAUGUACUGUAUAUUCACCUGAACUCAAUACAAACAUUGAACAAAA